AUUAUUAGACUCCGGAAAUCUUUUUUGCCAUUUGUAAUUUGCUUCGGUUUAUCAAAAUUUUUAAUUCCUCUUUUAGUCUUUUUUUGUAGGAAAUUCAGUCAGAAUUUGAAAAUAACGAUUAAUUUGAUCGUUUUAGUCUAACACAGAAGUGCUUACAAUGUUUGGAUGGAUUAAGAAUCGCGUAAAACGGCUGCCUGGUGUGGGACACCUGUGGGGCCUCUACUUGUGGUACACCGGACACGAGGAUGAAGCCUGGGAUACGCUUCGUGCGGCCACAAAGAGUGCGCUGGUUGCUUUCUACGCCUACAUUUCUGCUAAGCUGCCCAUCCGGUGGGUUCCCAAGUGGAUUCGUAGCCGCAUCACUCAGGCUCUCAUCGGGUAUUUCGGAGUGUACAUCACAGGCAUCCUGGACGAAGAAACGCAGGCUCCAAAAACGUCCAGCAUGUAUUUAGGACGAGUUCAAUGGGAGGGCUAUUGGAUCACCAUAGAAAAAACCUUGGAGAAUACCAGGAUUCCCAGUUACGAUUGGAAGAUGUACUUCGAGAAUAUUCGUCUGCUCAUGGAAGAGGCUUGGCCAGGCAGUAGUGGCGCUGUUGUAACCACCGGAUUGAAAUCCGAUGUAGUGGAAAGGCUGCAUGCUAUUCUUCUUUCCAGUGCCAGAAGAAUUUCGUUCUCCGAAAUGGAUAACAUUGUGGGCCAGGUGAUGCGCUCCUUCGCGUUUGAAAACCGGGAAAAAAGCCUAGAUCCGCGUCGGAAAACAAUAGAUGCGUUGCGGGAACAAUUUGGAAUGAGCCUUCUGGGCGCUCUUUCGCAGAUAGAUCGUCAGAUGUGAUCUUGGUCAUCAGGUUCUCCAUUCUUCUGUGAUUUGCAUGAGUUCAAGGGUUGUCUAUGCACUGAAAACGGUGCACUUGUAAAUAUUUUUUUAACUUUAAGCCGUGUUGUCUCUUUUACUUAAAAUUAGGAAAGUUUCCAGCAUGAAGCUGAAAAAUGAAAAUCCGGUUUUUAUUAUUUUAUUAAUUUUUAUUUACUUAGUGCUUUUUUCAUUGUUGAAUGGGAUUGGAUUCUUUAUUGUUGUUUUUAUGUCACGCGUUUGAAUAAAAUUUAGUCUUGG